UAUAAAUCCCGAACGUCCCCCAAGCUGUUUAGCACCAGGACUGGGACAAUAUGCUGAUGCCUAACAACAGGGCGAUGCUGGGGUGUUCAUUUACGUCUUUGGAUUAGAUUAUGCAAAUGGGAUCUAAAUACAUAAUUGAUAUGUAAAAGACAUUUACAAUGAUAGACAAAACUUCAAAAAUAAUUUCUGAAUAUUGUAAAGUGAGUUAGAAUAAAGGCAUUUGGAUCGAUUCAAGGAAAUGGCAACAUUAUCAAGACACCGACAGCACGCGAGGUCUUCCUCUGCAGGUGAUCUACAAAAGAAAAACGAUAUCUUUGAUUUUGGAAACAGACAUAUUCCGAUAGCAAAUAUCAAAGAAAAAGUCGCCAAAAGCAAUAGACGCAGAUUUCAUACUGUUGCAGAAUUUAAUCAUGUCCGUGGAAACGGGAACAAUUAUAAUCAUUAUAGAGUCGAUCGCAUGGAGGAUGAUGAACUUCCACCUAUUAAUAUCUACAGCAUUGACGCACCCAAUAGGAAUUCUCGUCCAAAGACAGCGGCUGAUAUUGGUGAGAAAAACAAACAAGGACAUUACCCAGAUACCAUCAGGAAAAAAGUAGAUCAUAACGGGCCGCAUAGAGAAGGUGUAUACAAACUUGACGGUGCAGAACAAGCUGUUCCCAAGGAACGUUUUGAUAAGGAUGGUGUGGUUUACAUUGAUGGAAGGACACUUGAUGAGACAAUAGAACAAGGAAACAGGCAUAUAACCUUUGAGAGGUAUUCACCUCGAUUAGCCGUGAAGCGAUCAAACUCACCGAGAAAAAUAUCACCGACAAUGGACCCUAGUAAAUUCGUACCUCGUCCUGGUGACCUCUUCAAUGCAAUCCUCGAACAGGACGAUAAUCCUACGGGAGAUAAGACCCAACGAAGUACAAAUCCUUACCGAACAAUCGAUCCGACUUUAUUACAGAAGGACCUGCCUUCUCCGAGGAAAUUAGAAACAUAUGUUGUUACAAAAAAGAACUCGAUAAUGCUUCCCGAUGGUCCUGCCUUGCUCACAACGGAAAACAUUGAAAUGCAUGAUCAUUAUACGAGUCCAAGGAAGCCAAAUGAUCCAUUAAUUUUAAAAGGAGCAUUAGAUAAUGACCUUGAUGAGAACAUCAAAAAACCGUCAGACGAACGCAUCGUUCAAUGGGUAAGCGAGAGACAGCUCAGCGGAGGUCAGUGCCUACCACCAACUCUCGAACACACUGUUGUCAUGCCUGAUAUGCCAAAAUGA